GGCAAAAUAUAAACAAACAGUUGCCAGUGUUUAUCCUGUGAGCGAGUUUCAUUUAUUUAUCUGUUUCCUCCUAUCCAGUGUUCGGCUUCGGUCUGUGGCUGCGGACGAGAGGAACUUUCAGCUGUGCACCUUGGAGGCAGCACUGAGUGGCUGACCUAGCUGACGGAGGGAGGCAAGGCACAGGUGUGGAUCUGGCACGACGGAACCCCAAGACAUGAGAAGACAUGCUACAAACAAGUACUGUAUUACCAAUUAUUAUGUGAACUUUUAUUCUAUUAUUAGUGUGUAUCACUGGAGCAAAAUCAUGGCAGGGCAGUAUAGAAACAGCAGAUGAACAUGUAACUGAAAAUACAGAAUGCCUGAAGGAUAGAGGUGCAGAAAAAUACCUUGAUGGCACUGAGACAUCAUGUAAGAAAUCAGCUGUGAUAAGUGAAGAAGGGGAAUGUUCUGCCGUUGAUGGUGUAGCUCAAGAUGAAGCAGAUUGUGGCACUUUCACGGAUGAGGAGGAUGACCAGAGUGCCUUACUGAUGUUGGAACAAGAGGACCAAGAAUUUGCUGCAGAAGAUAACACUGCUCCUGAAGAAUGUCCUCAGCAAAGUUCAGAGAAGGAUACAUGUGAAUCAGUAGAUAGCUCUCAGGAUUUACCUAAAGAAGAACAUCAUGAUGAGUUUAUCACUGAAUCAGUUGAUGUGAAACCUGAUUCUAUUGUUCAAAAUGGCACACAGUCACAACCCAUGGAGAGCGAUGAGGAGAUUACUGUGCACAAAAGCAGUGGUGAUUUAACAACAAGGACUGAUGAAAGUACCAGCGAGGAACCAAAGAAGGAAUUGGAAUCUGAACAUGAAAAUAUUCCUCUGAGAGAUAUUCUACUGAAACUUAAGCCAGAAGGUCUGACAGACGAUGAAGAAGAGCAGUCAUCUGACUACUCAGUGUCAGAAUCCAAUAUGGAAGAUGAAUCUGAGGUUGAAGAAGAGGCUCUCGUGUCAUCUGGGUCCCCAGAGAAACAGGAACAGAACCUUGACAGCAAUGGAACAAAAGGUUCGACUGAUGGGAAUGGUGCCAACAGCUCUGGAGGAAGCAAAAAAGCAGUGUGCUCAGAAGUCAACGCAACAGAUCCCAUUGAUGAUGUAGAGGUGAUAAAUGCCACUACACUGCUGAAGUUGCUGCAGGUGGAUCCCAAUGUGACUAGCAGAUCAUCCUCUGGGCCCUGCUAUCUCAUUUAUUUCUUCAGUCCUUACUGUCCAUUUUCCAUCAUGGGUUCCCCUUAUGUCAAUGCUCUUGCUCGCUCCGUGCCAAACAUUCCUGUGUAUGGCCUGGAUAGUAUAGAACACCAUAGUGUUAAUGCUCGUUAUGGAGUGAUGGGAACCCCAACACUGCUACUUUUUCAUAAUGGGAAUGGAGUUGGCAGAUACAAUGCUUCAGAAUACUCAGUGGCACAGCUCAUGUCCUUCAUCAAGCACUACACUGAUCAAGAAUUGACAGACAUCAACGUCACUUCCUCAGAUUUCAGGGCAAAAUUACCUUCUCAGCUGGCAGAAGCACGUCCCUAUGCACUCUGGGCUGCAUGGAUCUUCCUUCUGAGUUUUGCCUCAUGGCUGUUUCUGACCUCAGAGCUGUGUGCCAGGCUGACAGAAGCAAUACUCAACAACUGGAGGGAGGCAGAGGCUCAAAAUGACCACCAGGACUGAUGAAGUCCUAUAGUAAUCUAGGUCAGUCAGGUCAGAUCUAGUCAGCAGGAAGCUGUUGAGCAACAGUUUCAUAGAAUGGUUAUGUAAAUGGGGACUAUUUUAUCACUCCUUAAAUGCUCCUUAAAUGGAACAAGAUAUCAUUUCAUGUAGAUGGACAGGUAGAGUAGCAAGAUGAUCUUCAGUGAAAUAGGAAAACUGAAUGCUUCAGUAAGUUGUUAGGAGCAACUGGAGACUCUUGUCACAAUCAUUUUGAGGAAAGGAGGAGCUAUUGGUGAUAUUUCUAUCAUAAUCAGUCUUCGAGGGAGUAAAGCCAGGGUUUGGUAUUAAAAUAGACAAAUAGUGAUUGAUUCUUUAGUAAAUAUCAAGAAGACCAUGGAAGACCUAAGUAGCUAUUGGUAGAAGCGAGUAACAUCUGACAAGUGAGGUUUUGACCUAGUAAUAAUGGAAUGCCAGAGCAGGAAAAGAUAGAGGCUUUUCUGGUUCCAGAAGUAGAUGAGGGAUCAAAGUACCUAUAUAUAUAGAUAGGUAGUAACAGAAUUGUUUCACAUUUUCAUACAUGACUAGAAAAUGUGUUACUCUAUUUUUUUGCUUUGUACACAGUGACCAACAUCAUUUACACAAGUAUGAAAUAUAGUCAUGGAGUUUCAUAUUCUGAUAUUCAUUUCUUAUAUCUAGGUCCAUCUUUGAUGUGAUGGAUGACAAUUACUAGAACAAAACAUCAUACUGAUGGACAAUUGGGAAGAAAAAAUAACAGUUAAACAAUGUAGUGAAAUUCAUAUUGGAAAGUAAGAUGUUGAAUAUGUGGAGAUCCUUGCAAAAUAUUUCCAUAAAUAAGUAAUAAAAGAAACUUAAAGACAUUAUUUGUUUUCAGAUUGGAUAAGUUUAGUCAUGGUAUUUUAUUAGAGAUGACAGUUCCUAUAUAUAGGAAUGAAAUGAUGUGCUGCUAAAUGUCAGUUGUUACGGCUUUACAGACACUCCUGACAGUGAGUGUCAGUUCUAUUCCAACUUUAUCCAGCCCACAAACAACUGCCUCUACUUGAGUCAGGCUAUAUUCUAUAGCCUAGUGUGGGACAAAUACAUAUGAGUCCAGACACUUGUAGGCCAUAAACAUUGAAAGCUUCAAGGUCACCAGCCCUGCCUCAGUGCAGAGGAAAUAUAAAUCCAAAACUCACUCCCACUGCGGGCUCAGCAGUCACAUGCUUGGAAGGACAGAUAAAAAAACCAAAGGCCACACAGUGUUACAUAAUAUUCUGGGCACAACUGCCCUCAAGACGACAGCCACCCACUGUCCUCAGAAUGUCACAGCACUCAGGUCUGUGUUCAGCUCAUCUCAGAUCUCUCAGAAGACUGGUCUCACCUCCUACAAGUUGGCAGGUCAAGAGAGAAAAGAGACUACUGAACAUGAAGCAGCACACUACAAUGAUUAAUCCUCAGGCCACAAAAACACACAAAACAAUAACAACAGCAGCCAGUAGAAUUUAACUAAAAGGAACACAAGACAAGAGAGUCUACUCGACUCAAAGGACAGAACAACUCCAGGCAGAACUCCACCCUACCUGGCCAAACAAGGGACACCAGACAGAGAGUAGGAUAAACAAGAAAUUUGAGUAUGGUGAUUUCCUCUAUAAACACACAGGUUUGAGAGCAGUGUACUUAGGCCUCCUAUAAUGGCCCAAAACAAUGUACUAAACUGUAAGGUAUAUACUGUAUUUCUCACCUUAUAAGAUGCUCUCUCUCUCUCUCUCUCUCUCUCUCUCUCUCUCUCUCUCUCUCUCUCUCUCUCUCUCUCUCUCUCUCUCUCUCUCUCUCUCUCUCUCUCUCUCUCUCUCUCUCUCUCUCUCUCUCUCUCUCUCUCUCUCUCUCUCCAUUUUUGCAUGGUGAAACUGUAACUCCUCAGCCAAUAGUGGAAUAUCUUGAACACAGAGAAAGAUAGGCUAUGAAGUUCAGGGAAAAGUGGGGCUUAUUUUAUUUUUUUCAAAAUAUCUCCUGCCAAAUUACUGAUGCAUCAUAUAUGGAAGGAAAUACAGUAACUAACACCCAGCCCUCAAUCUAACCUGAAUUACAAUAAGACAUCUGCUCUUAAUACAACCACUUCAUCUUGCUCUGACAAUGAAUUGCCUACUGAAUUUCAGUGUGAGCUUGGGGCUGGGAGCCUAGUGAGGUGAAGCGUUCCCAUGGUCCCCACCCAACCAUUGACAUAGAAAAGCUGUCUAAAAGACAUAUCCCCUCAUAAGAGGUGCACAGCCAUCACAUUCUUGCAGCUGAAAACAUUUUCAAAAAAAUCAGUCUAAGGAAUCUAUGGGUGCUGGCUGGAAUUCUGUUUAUACAGGGCUACAACAGCUCUUUCAUAAGCUCCUAUCCCAACUUGCUAUCACAAUGGGAAAUAGGAAAAAUUUUAAAAAGAUUAAUGCUGGGUAGACUACAAAAAAAAUACAGCAGAAAAAUAUAUAUAUAUAAUAUGCACCAGAAGUUAAUGGCCAAUUGAUUUCUCAACCCUGACACAGGGAACACACACAAUAAAUCCACUCCUUGUAACACAGUCAUUUGAGUUUUUGAAGUGAGGUAAUAGAGUACACUGCACAGCCAAUCUUUGCUCAGCAUGGUUUGUGAGGAUUGGUCUUCUCAGAGACCUAUAGGCUAAGAUGUGCCAUGUGUAUGGGAGGGGCACCAUGUCUUGGUUAGCCCCCUUCUCCAGGAUGUCAGCCUUGAUAUUAUAUAAGUAGAGAGAUAGAAAGGGGAAAUGGAUAGUCAUAUGCAGAAGAAUAACAGUCCAAAAGUUUCCAGACAAAUUGCAUAAUGGAGAUAAAGAAUUUUUAUGAAAUAAUAUGAAGAUAAGUUGGCUACUAAGAAUUAAAGGAAUAUUUUAUUGUCAUCAGUUUUAUUGGAGAUGACAAUUCUUGCAUGUAGGAAUGAAAUGAUGAACUACCAAACAUUGGUUAUUUGAAUUUUUGUGGUGAGAUAAUAGUCUACUACACUGCUGAUCUUUCCUCAGCAUUGAAAAGGUCAGGUGCAUGCAUGAUUAUGUGGAAGUGAGGGAAGGAUUUCAGUGCAAAUGAAAGUUUUGGUUGAGAUAGGAUACCUUGAAUGAAUAUGGUUCAUUGCAUAUGUAUAUAUAUGGUUGAUGAUGGCGAGUGUGUAAUAUAAGCAAAGGAUGGUGAGAAUUGAAGAAUGUUGUGAGAACUUGGAAAAUACUUGGUGUUGUACCUGUUUUCAGGUGAAGAGCUGUAAAUAAAGAUGAAGAUCAACAUAUGAAUAUGGUCUGCUUACCAUAUGACUAUGUGUUUAGUCUAAGUUUUCUUUCAAAGGCAUAUAACAUUUAGAGAGAAGUUACAAGUUAUAUAAACACAUUUUUGGGGAAAUUGCUGUAGCACAGAAAUGGAAAUUACCAUGAAUGAAACUGGAAAAUAUUAUAAAUGUCACUUGGAAAGGAAGGUAAUGAGAGACAUACAGGUAUAUUUUACUUAAUGAAGUGGAAAAGAUCAAUAGAUAAAUAAACAGUUUUUGACAGUGUAGUGCUGCUCAUUUCUGAAAGUGGUUUGUUUAUAUUGAGAAAAUUAAGUGACUAUUAUAGGAACAUGAAAAUAGAGAAUAGAUGCCAUAUAUGUAAGAAGUAGUGUCUUGUGUAAAGUACCUAUUUGAAAAAAGAAAGAGGGACAAGUGACUAAGUUAUGCUAAGAUUUAAGUGUCUAAUAACAAGUGGAGGCUCUCUUAUGUCCACCUCUAUAUUCUAUGAGACAGGCAUCAGAUUUGAUUGAUACAAGUGAAAAAGUUGAUUCAGAAGUACUUUUGAUAGUUACAAACAGUGAAGCAUGUUAUAUAUAUUCACUUUACUAUUCAGUAAAUGAUGGAAGUCUUUAUCAGCACAGCAGGUUAACAUCCCCCAUUGAAGAAAGAUAGCUAAGGUGCUCACAUACAUAGCUGGGCACAAUAACCGAAAUAUUUAUGAUAACUGAUAAAUCAAUAGCAAUAUCCUUAUUGUCAAUAACUGAUAAUCAAUAACUGGCAAUAAAUUUAUUGCCUGAUAAGCAAUAACCAAUAAAUUGAUAAAUCCAAAAUUCCAAUACUAGUGAUAACAAUAUUCAUAUUUUAAAUAAGAAAAACUGAUAAAUCCAAAUCUUUGUUUUUAUCAUUAUCUUAGAAAACUUAGAAAAAUCUUAGAAAAAAAUUCAAAUUUAAUAUUUAUCUUAUCUUUUCACUAAUGAAAAAUAGUUUAAAGUAAAAUAACUACAUUUGAUUUUGAAAGUUUAAAACCUCAACAUGCUCAUGUUCCAAAAAGUAAAAUUAUCAUUUAUCGCUAGUUUGGAACCAAUAGUAUCAUGGAUACCAAUGAAUCAAUAAAGCAGGAAAAAUAAUUAUCAGAUAACUGAUAACCCGAUAUUGUUGUUGCAAUAAUUUAUUGUGAUAACGUCCACUUAUGCUCACAUACAUAGACAAACACUCACAGUAGUAUCUUAGUCUUUUUGGGAUAGCAGACUGAUUCAAUCUGACUACAAUGUGUGAAGGUCAGCUGUGCACCAGCAUACCAGAACCUGUCUGCAUUGGCCCAACAGCAGCCAACCAUUUUUUAAGCUAGACAGAUGUCUCAAUAAGGUAUUAUAUCCUACGAUCAUGAACUACUGAUCUAUCACAGACUUAAAACUAAGAAAAUGGGGAGUAAUACUUUUGCCAUACACAUUUUAUUGACCCACCAUCUUCAUUUGCUGCCACUAUAGUAAUAAGAAGAGAGAGUUUUUGUUUGUAAAGGAAAUAUUUUAAAAAGUAAUGUCAUUAAAAGCAUAAAUUUUUAUCUGUCCAUCUUUAUGACUAUGCUGAUCUUUGUUUCUGGGAAUUUGAUCAAGAAUGGGACCAUAUAAGAAGUGUCUCCAUUUAUUCCCUUCCAUAACACUCAUCAUUGCAUAUUUUAAUCUUCACUUUCCCAACUUUCACCUCUCUCUCGGAUAUUCUUAAUUUCUCACCCUAAAAGUUUAUACAAGUUAUCCUCUCACAUAUACAACAUCUACUUAAUUCUUGUGCAUUCUCUCAUCACUCCAUUCUUACCUAUUUUCCCUUAAGUUAUCAAAUAAGCUCAAAGUGGCCUGUUCUCCCAACACUACCAUCCUAUGAUUCAUUCCUUUACCAUAUUAGACUUAUGAAACCCUCUCCAUUGUACAUAGAUUAUCAUUAUCCUCAUUAUUCAUCCUAUUCCUUGUUUUCUAUUUCAGUCCAUUGUGUAUAUGAGUGUUGAGAUACUAUUUAUGCUAUCCAGUAAUGCCUUUCUUGUUUGAUGUAUUUUCUUAAUGUUUAUUGCCCUUAUUUUGAUAUAUUAUAGUUUACUAACCUUAUAGACUGCUUUCUCUUUUUUCUCCUCUCUUCUUAUGCCUCUAUGUAUAUACAGAAUCAAGUCAGGAUAUGUACUGUACCUUCAGCAUAUUUCACAUUGCUUUUCAGUUGUAGUCUUCAAGUUGUAAUGGUAGAACCACGGCAUCCUAUCUUGUUCUUCUCGUAAUGUUGUCUUUUUAUAAUACAGUUUUGCUGUUAGAUUGUUAAGAAUUUAUCUGUUUACCAAUUUGAUACUUUAUUGAACUUAUCUGUUUGAUUGCAUGCAUUUUCUCUGUGAGGAAUAAGGAGCUCACUCUGAACUGUCUUGUAUAAAUUUUCCAGAUGAUGCAUAUAUUUUUUUUUCUGAGAGUAUUUCUUAUUUACUUACCAGUGAGUUGUGCACACCACUUUCUCCACAUGUAGAUAGAUAUGUUACAUCAUCUAAGCUGAUCACCAUGUCUGAAAAAAUUCAGAAACUCACCAAAAUAUCUAAUGGAUGUUGAAAAGAGCACAAAUAGUAAAUGGUAAAGAAACUGGACUUAUUGCUUCUCAAUAAAUCAGACCUAUGUCUGGAUAAACUAGA